UAGGUUUUCAAUUAACAUUUCAGAUGUAGUCUAGAAGAAACAAUAAGUAUAUAGUCUGACCCAUAAAGUCACAGCCGCUACAUGUGAGCGCGAAGGGGACUUUUCUGCGGUGCGCUCCAGGCGCGCAAGAGGAAGCAGCGCUUUUCCUCCCGUUGCUGCGUUCAAGCUGCUGCUGGACCAGCGAGAACAGCUUUGAACCGGUUUUGUCGCCGGCUACAAAGCCGUAUGAAACUGAUGCACAAUGCGCACUGUUGAAGCAGGGUGCUCUCCCGACACACGGGCAUCAUAGAUCUCAGCUUACCAGCAGCCGUGUGCGAUGCUUUCUCGUUCAUGUCAUUUGUAGUGAUUUUGUAAGAAGGGAUUUUAAUAGGGAAACCAUCCUACAUGGAAAGUUCCUGUAGAGCGCACAGCUCUGCAGGGUCCUGCUGCUGUUUUUGUAGAUGCUGAGGACCCUCUUCUCUGUCAGCGCUGUAGCAGACCCCAGAGGGCAGCAGUAACAUCAGCACCAUGGCUCCAUCUACUGAAGUACUGGACGGAGGCUGGGGAUGGGCGAUUGUUGUGGCCUCCUUCCUGGCCCAGCUCCUGGCUUAUGGAUCACCUCAGUCGGUGGGCGUCCUCUACCCGGAGUGGCUGCACGCCUUCCAGGAGGGCAAGGGCAUGACGGCCUGGGUGGGAUCCCUCGUGGCUGGAGUGGGACUGAUAGCCAGUCCUGUCUGCAGUGCCUGUGUGGACAACUUUGGAGCUCGCCCUGUGACCAUCUUCAGCGGCGUAAUGGUAGCGGGCGGCCUGAUGCUCAGUGCCUUUGCUCCAAAUGUCCAGUUCCUCAUCUUUUCCUAUGGGAUCGUGGUCGGCCUGGGUUGUGGUCUGGUCUAUGCAGCCACGUUGACAAUCACCUGUCAGUAUUUUGACAAGAGACGCGGCCUUGCCCUCGGCAUUGUCACCACAGGCACAAGUGUCGGAGCGUUCAUCUAUGCCUCCGCUCAGAAUGAGCUGAUCGUGCUGUACGGCCUGGAUGGCUGCCUGCUGAUCAUUGGAGCUGUAGCACUAAACCUCAUGGCCUGCGCCGGUUUCAUGAGGCCCCUCAACAUGCCAGGGUACUACCUCAAACAGAAGGCCGCCCUGGAACGCAACACAGAAGAGCAACUUUUCGAGAAGCCCCCAUUGGAUGACCUGAUGAUCACAACAGGUUCCAAGUCAACCACUCCAGAGAAAACCCUGACGGUGAAGGAGCUGCUCAUCACCAUCGAUUCAAAGGACUUGGCCGUUCAGACGGAGAAGAAGAAAGGCAGCUUCCUGUCUGGGUUGGCCAUCACGAAAGUCAUCAAGAAGAAGCAGCAGGCCUACUCCAAGUACAUGCAGUCCAUGAAUGAGAUCCUGCAGGACCAAGCCAUGGUGGCCUUCUGUAUUGCUGUCUUCCUGUUCAGCUUGGGCGCCUUCCCCCCUGUGCUCUUUAUAGAAGAUGUGGCGCAAAGUGAAGGACUCAUUGAAGAAGUUAGUGUCAUUCCUCUUGUAUCAAUAGGGGCCAUCGCCACCUGUGUGGGUAAACUAGUGCUGGGUGUGCUGGUGGACAUCAGGUGGAUUAACGGCAUUUAUCUGUAUGCCUUCACCAUGUUUGCUGGAGGUCUAGCACUGCUCCUUAUUCCCAUCACUAAGAGUUAUCUGGGACUGCAGAUAUUGUCUGUUGUCUUGGGUUUCUUCUCCGGAAACUGGUCUCUCACCUCCUACAUUACCACAAAGAUUGUCGGCUUGGACAAACUGACACAAGCCCACGGCAUCCUCAUGUUCUUCGGGGGAUUUGGGAUCAUGCUUGGACCCCCUGUCGUAGGGUGGUUCUUUGACUGGACGCAGUCAUAUGACUUGGCGUUCUACUUCAGCGGGGGCUGCGUGGAGCUGGGAGCAGUCAUUCUCUUUCUGCUCAACCUUCCCUGCUGGAACAGGAAGCGCUCCGAGAAUGACAGACCAGACGUCCAUUACACCAGCAACUGCGAGAAAGUUGCCUCUGUAGCUUGAAUAUGUACCGUACAUAAGGACUCUAAACUCACCCCUACUGCCCAGCAGCUGUCCGCUGAUAAACUCUACCUGAACCACCUCUGGGAGGAAUUUUUCUUUAUUUGACUUCAGGAGUUUCCUCCUUAUUUCUGCUGCCAGUUUCUAAUAUACCAAAAUACUCGCCAGAGGUUUUGAAAUACAGGCCUUUCCUCUGUACUUUGCCUGCAUUUCUCAGGUUCAAACCAUAUACUGCAGAUCUUUUUAAAGGUUUGACUCUGAUGCCUUUGUUGAUUUUUUUUUUUUAUUAUUGCCUCAUUUUACGAGGUCAGCUGAACAAUAUUGUUCAUCUCCCAAAUUCUACAUUGUGUUUACGUAAACACUGGUUUUCACUUUACUGUAGCUCUGAAAAAAAAGAUAUGGUGCCGUUCGUAACACCUGGGAGAAACAUUGUUGGGUGUUUUAACACAACAACAACAUUUGAAACCACUCUGUAAGUGCACAAAAAAUCUCCCAGAAAUCUUACUGAAACGGAGGAUACAGGGAUCGGAACGAGGGAUGGAACGCUUUUUGAUAAUCGUAAUUUAGCAACACUUUUUUAUUUUGUAUUUUUGUUUUAAUAUAUAUAAUCUUAUGUACACCACGCUGUAUCUUUCCAAAGCAUCAAUGAUAGUCAAUGCCUGUCAACACACAAUGCCUGUUGGAACAAUACAAAAGCCUUGCUAGAUAACUUUUGAGUUCCACAUACCUCCUGUUUCUAGAUCACAUAGAGACAUUUUGAAAACGUUCUGGUGAUUCAAAAACGUGUAAAAACACUGAAGAGAUCCUACUGUAUUUCCAUCCUUAACAGCAUGUUGAUUCUCUUUGUGGCAUGAUUAUCAUGACCUCUGCUGGCAAUCGAUUUUGACCAGGCUGGUCCUUUUCCAUCAUUGUACUGUGUGGUAUAUGUUUAUGUGUAUGCUGUGUGUGUACGUGUCUGCGCACACACGUUCACAUAAGUGCACAGGUGUGUGUCUGUGUGUGUGUGUGUGUGUGUGUGUGUGUGCAUCGUUUGAUAAACUUUUGUAUUAGCACUAGUUUGUAAAGUCCUAUGUGCUAGUGACUUUUAUAUGCACAAACCGGCCAUAGAGCUGUAAGAACUGUUUUUUGUUUCAGUUGGAAGUUGAUUAUUGUGAUCAUAAUUGUAAUGAAGACAUUGCAAUAGGCUUUUAGAAUCACUUGAAUGUUGUUAAAUACUCCACUACAAAUGUAUUUUUGAUAGUUCCAGUUUCAGGCAUAAGGGUAAAUCUGGGACACUAGCGUUUUGUGUUUGUAGAGGGUAUCUGCAAAGUGCAGAUGACGUUCAAUUAAUACUUAUCUAGAGGAGACAGUGUGUUUGGCUGUCACCUUUUAGCCACUCUUAUUUUGUAUGCCAGUAUUACAAUAUUUAUGUCUGUUAUUGUUUUAUUAUAUCCUUUUAUUUAAAAAGUGCCAAUAAAAGAUAUUUGGAUUAAG